UCAGCUGACUUAUCUAGGGCGGCGUCAUGUGACUUGCUGUCAACAAAGAUGGCGGCAGCAGUGAAGACGCUAAUCAGCGGGGUCUUUGUGAUACUUUUCUGUUUGCUUUUCGGCUUUUGUCAGAGUCUGUUCCGAGGAGACACAUUUAAAAGACAGGUGACAAUGGAGUUGAACCCUGGCUCCACUGGUCCACACUUGGGUGUCAACCUGCUGCAUAUCAGAGCUGUAGGAAGAAACGACACGCUGCAUUUUCUGUUCUGCAACCAAGGGGCGCCGACGCUGUUGCUUGUUCACACAAACGUGUCUUCCUCUAUCGUCACGGUGAACUGGACUUUGUUUUUAGCUCGUAAUACCAGUGGCAGCCUGAAGAUAGAGCCUGAGAGCAGUGUCCUGUACAGCACAGCUGUCGUCUUCAGUCGGUUGUGGGAGUACAACGACCUCAACGACACUGCGGAUCCAACUUCAGGCUUUUUCCCACCUUAUGAGCUGCAAGACUUUAUUUGGUCCCCCCUCAAUCUGUCAGAUAUGACUGCUUUGCUCUGUGGAGCCAACGCCACCUCCAUCAGUGGGUCUAUCUGCUUUCAGCUCUCUGUGUUUGAGAUGGGGGGCCGUGGCUUGUCUUGGCCCCACCUCCUACAUACCGCUAACUCCUCCCAGGUGAAGGUGUGGCUUGAUGGCAUGCUCCCACGGGCAAAUAAUUCAAGGUUUCUCCUGGAGCUGCAGGCAGUUAGUGAGUCCUAUCCUCUGAGCAGAGUGGAAGUUCAUCAGUCCAUCGACGAUGAAUACACGCCCUCAGUAUUCAAGGUGUUUCAGUGGGUCUCAGCACCAAACAGCAUCUCUGAUAUCCUGGGAUUUGUUCAGUGGAAGCCUGUGGCCUACCGUCAUUCUAACCCAUCUCUAGAGGAUGCAAUGCCAUGUAGGCACUCGGACCCACACCCUCAGAACAGUGAAGCGAUGGCAGCGUCCUCAGGUGUGAUCCGCGCAUUCUACUCCCAAUUAAAGCCAUUUGGACUAAACGUGAGCUUUGGCCUGGCAGGAGAUCCGUUCUACAUAAACACAAAGUUCCUGAGCUGGACAGUUCUGGUUGGCAUUGGUUCACCCCCCACAGACUCCUUCUCACCAGUGGUUAUUACCAUUAUGGCCAUUGGUCUGGGGACUCCUUUAGUUCUCGUGCUGCUUGGCGGAAUGUGGGUCUGCAUGCGGAAGAGGACAAUGGAGUCAACCAUGACCUACGAGCCAAUUAACUGACAACCAGUUUUCACCCAAUUAAAAGCAGUUUCUGUUGUAAUGAGUUACACCCCAGCAUCAGAAAUGAGGACAGUUUUAAUAAAACUUGAUCGUCUCGACCCAGUUAGUUUAUAUGGAGAGUUGUGAGAUUAGCUUUUCAGGCUCAAACAAAAAAUAAAAAUAUUAAUUUCUA